CUAGGGCGGGGCGCCAGUGCCGCUUCUGCGGACGGGACAGAAGCAACGAGAAGCGCAGGUAGUCGUUUAAUCUGGCCGAAGAUACGGCGAAGCGGGGUAGCGGGGGCGCUUGGUGGUGCGGGAACGACGGGCCGUGCAGCCGGAGUCUUCCAUCUGUGAGGAGUGGCACCGCGUCGCCCGCACAUGUGCUGAGAUCAUCAGAGCCCGAGCAAAGCCGAAGAGUGCUCAUCUCUUCACAGUUUGCCAGAUAUCAGUGUUCUUCAGGGAAGAAAGUGACGCCGCCUCCUUCUGCGACGCACGUAAGCCAUGCGGUCUUCCUGGCCUUUCCACCUGGCCAUAGUGCUGUGCUCCGUGCUCUCUGUGGUGCGUGUGGAGACGGCACCCUGCCAGACGUGCCGCAAACUCACAGAAAACUUCAUUAAGGGCAUAGAGCGAACAGCCAAUAAGAACUUUGGGGGCGGGAACACCGCUUGGGAGGAGGAGAAACUUGCUAAAUAUGCAAGGAGUGAGACGCGGCUCUUAGAGAUCGUGGAGUCGGUGUGUGAGAGCUCAGACUUCGAUUGCAACAGGCUGCUGGAGCAGAUCGAGGACCAGGUGGAGACGUGGUGGUUUAAGAGGCAGCAGGAGGCACCUGACCUCUACGAAUGGCUUUGCAUUGAUGAACUUCGGUUGUGUUGUCCCGAAGGCAGGUUCGGUCCUGAAUGCUCAGAGUGUCCCAGGGGUCCCGGAGGCGUGUGCGGGGGCUUGGGACGGUGUGAGGGCGAAGGAACUCGCCUCGGAGACGGUGAAUGUGUGUGUGACCCGGGCUAUGCUGGGGAGCUGUGUCAGGCGUGUGCCGACGGCUACUACAGGGAGAAGACCUCCAACCACACGGUGGCGCCCUGUUCAGCCUGCUACCGCGCUUGUAAACACUGCACCGGACCGGAGGACUACAAAUGCCUAGACUGCAAGCCAGGCUGGAGUCUCCACGACAACAAGUGUGUGGACGUGGAUGAAUGUGGCACUGAGCUGGCAAAGUGUCCUUCCAACACGUACUGCUUCAACACCGAUGGCUCCUAUGAGUGCAGGGGCUGUGACCAGGCGUGUGUGGGGUGCAUGGGCAGCGGACCAGCCCGCUGUAAGAAGUGUGCCCGCGGGUACAGGCUGGUGGGGGCCAAGUGUCUGGACAUCGACGAGUGCAGCGAGAGGGCGAUGGCAUGUCCGGGGCUGAACGAGGCCUGUAUCAAUGAGGAGGGCUCCUUCCACUGCGACUGCGCAGACGGGUUUGUGCGCAGGGACAGCAUCUGCGUGGAGAACCUGCCCCUCUCGGGACCCGAGAAGGGGCUUUUCGAGGACAUGACGGACGAUGAGGUGCUGGUGCUACAGCAGAUGUUCUUCGGAGUGGUGAUCUGUGCCCUGGCUACGCUGGCAGCCAAGGGCGACAUGGUGUUUACCGCCAUCUUCAUCGGGGGCGUGGCCGCCAUGGCCGGAUACUGGCUCUCGGAGAAGGGCGACCGCGUGCUGGACGGAUUCCUGCGGGGGCGCUAACCUUCUGACUGGGGGGGGGGAUGGUUGGAGUGGAGGGGCUUCGGGAUGAGAGGACGAAAUAGAUUUCAGAAAUAAAAAAUUAACAGUGGAACUGCAACUGUAGGCAGGCCAAUGGGGUAAUAAUGUGCUGGUUGUCCUUAACUGCAGUGUAGUUUUUGGGUCGUCAUAAAUUUCUGUAGCCAGUUGCCUGAACACCACCAGCCCACCCCCCCCCCGCCCCACAUCAUGCUUGGAAUUCUGGGGCCCCGAUCACACUGGGACAUUUCAACACUCACAAGAGGUUUAUUUAUUUAUUUAUUUGUAUCUUUCAGACUUGCAAAGCUGAGCAACAGAAAAUUGCUGAUCGCCAGCGUAGCUUUUAGCUUCGGCCGGCCAGUGCGCGAGGCAGCAGGCGUCACUGGAGUGUGGCCCUGACUAUGGGCGUUCUCAGUCCAGGAUCCCGUCAGUGAAAGCUUGAGAAUGAAAAUUUCUUUUACCAUUUUUGAUCUUUUGUCGUCCAGGAAAACGUCGGGAGUGCAUGAGAAGCCAUACAGUCAGCCAGUGUGUUUUUGGCGCAAACCUUUUUGCGGCUGUGAGGAGGAUUUGCUCAAACAGGCUUUUUACUGAAGCAUGAAUGGCGGGACUUUAAUUAUGCCUGUUGUUUUUAAUGCAGAAUUAUUUGUGCACACCUGUGUAGUAAUUUACCCAUAAAAACCUACUGCCUCAGUUGUGUGUGUGUGUGUGUGUGUGUGUGUGUGUGUGUGAGAGAGAGAGAGUGAGUGUUUGUCUGUGUGUCCGUCCAGGGGUGUCUGUGCAUGCAUACGUGUGUGUGUGUGUGUGUGUGUGUGUGUGUGUUUCUCUCCACACUCCCUUUUACCUGAUGUAAUGAGCGGACAUUAGAGUCUGGGGUGCUUGGUGGGUCUCAUCCUUUACUUCAGUUCUGUCUCCCCUUCAGUGUUCUUGUCAAUUUUCCAGUCUGCACACAGCUUUCAUUGCCAGUGUGUUGAAUGGCUGGUUUGGUUUCCACACACCAUGCAGUGCUCAUGUCCAUCUUACUACCUGUGUAUCUUGCUGUUCCUUGUCUUCUCUGUGGACCCGUUCGGAAAAAUGGCUGCGUGUAUCACGUGUGGCGUAGCGCUGAGUUCUGUUACCCCCGGUUCAUGUCUGAAGCAUCAGUUCCUGUCCUGCUUGAUUCUCUCUAUGACAGUGUUUCCCAACCCGGUUCUCGUGGACCCGCAGAUGGUCCACAGUGCUCUCUCAGCUCCUGGGGGUCCUUGACGACCAUGUUGAGAAACGGUGGUCUGUGUUAGGAAUGACAACGUGACCAAUAAAGAACAAACGGAUGUGUUCUGGCUGUUCCGAGGGCCAUGUUGGCAUCCACGUUCACCUGUUCCUGUCUGCCUCUCCUCGCUGGCCUCUUCCCGGCCAUCGCCGGCCUCCUCCACCUGUCCGUCCGCGUUCCUCACUGUGUGGAACCGCCUGCAUUUCUCCUGCCUCACGGAACGCAAUUAUGUCGAGAAAAUUGCACUUCUUAGCACAGCUGUUAUUAUUAUUAUUAUUAUUAUUAUUAAAAAUAUGAACUUUGA